CAUGGAGGUGAGAUGCAUCUCGAGUGAGCUCCUCCAUUAUCUGGCUUUAAGACACUUCUGACAAGCUUAAUCAGCUCGACUAGAGACAAGUCUUGUCACACAGUGGCCCUCCGACCUCCCUGAUACGAGUAGGAGUGGAUAAAGAGCUGCAGGGAGGUUUCAUACCUUUAUGUGGUGGAUGCGGCCUAGUGUUUGCCAAGUGGGAGAGGCGGCCAAUCUCCCAGACUGGAGGUGCCAAGAGGAAGCUAUUUGCCAGCAACAGCCCUAUUCUACCAUCCCCCCCCCCUGGACCGGUGGGGGUGAUCCCGGUCCACCCCUGGGAGGUAGCCCAGCACUGGCAGACUUGCAGGGUGAAGUCAUCAAAGCUGACAGACACCACUAUGACCAAUGCAAGAUGGCGGAACCUGCGUGUUUGUCUAACUCCAGCACAGUAUAGUUAGACAUGGAGUCCAGGCUGGAUAGCCUCUUUGCUAAAUUCUGGCAGCAGUUAGAAAGCAGACAACUUUACCAUGCACCAUCGCAGCCAAAGGACCACCCACAUGACCUGCAGGCUCCAGAUCACCAUCGUGAAUCAUCACCGUUAACAGUGAAGAAAGCCCAAAUAUGGUGGAGCCGCAAGCGGCACAAGCAGUGGAGCUCACCUAAACUGAAAGUGGCACAUAUGCUGAAGUCCAAGCACGGUGACAAGCCUGAGAAGCAGAGGAGAGCCCUGUUCCUGAUCUAUGUUUUGAUCUGCCGACUUUCAUCUAGCACUAAACGCCUGAAACACUCCUUCAAGGAAAUGCAUAGUGCUCUGCCAACUGAAGGCACAGGGUGACUGGGGAUGUUUGUAGUGGGGAAACUUAGUUUAUUUAACUAAUUUUGGGGCAUAUACUGCUGCCAAAGUCUCUUUAUGCCUGUUAUUGUUUGCUCAGAUGCCUCAUUUACUCUUCUUACUACGGGACCUCCUCUUGCUAAGCUUUGUAAUGCCUGUUUUUUUCUCCAAAAAAAAAGAGCAGUUCUUCCUGACUUUUCAUUUAAUGCUAACACCUGUUAUUGUCGAUCAAACUCAUGUGAAAUGUACUCAUGUUUGCUAUACAAUGCUCAACAAAAAAAGAAUGUAAAAAAAAA